AUUUAUACUUGAAUCUAUGUCGAAUUCAGAAUGGAGAUGUGGACUAAUUAAGCAUUUUGAAUGUAACAUGUUAAACAUGUAUAAUGGUGUUACGGAUCCUGUUGGAAAUUGUUAUAUUUGUACGUUUAACCACGUGGGAUAGAGCGUUAGACCUCGACUGUACUCCAAUGUGAUCUAUUUUGCCCCAUCGUUACAGGGAGCCACGAUGACGGUUCGGAGAAAGGGAAACAACAAAGAACUUGAGGAUGAAUUGUUUACAAGGACUAGUUGGGUAAAUGCUGAAGAGGCUUAUAGACAAGUUAAAAAGGGAAAAGCAGACGGCAACAAAAGUGCUUUGUGGCUACGAUGUCACUUACAGAAUUACUUGUUUGCCAUCGGCAGUUUCAUUGACUUACAUUGUGGAAAAGUUCUUUUCGUGGGAUUAUUGCUACUCUCAUUGUGUUGUGUUGGCUUGAAAACGGCUAAAGUAGAAACUAACAUCGAGGAGUUAUGGGUCGAAGAGGGAGGUCGUUUGGAGGAAGAGUUGGAUUAUACACGAAAUACUGUAAAUACAGGAAGUGGAAUUACUAGUGAACUUAUUAUACAGACUCCUAAAGUAAAGGGUAGUAAUUUAUUAGACGUGCAAUCGAUGCAGCUUCAUUUAGAAACAUUACGAAAAGUUACACAGAUUGAAGUGGAUAUGUUUGAACAAUCAUGGAAUUUUAAAGAUUUGUGUUUUGUAGCUGAUUUUCCAGAAUUUGAGGACUUGUAUUUAAAUGGAAUUUUAAGCAAUAUAGAACCAUGUAUUAUUAUGACCCCAUUAGACUGUUUUUGGGAUGGUUCCAAACUUUUGGGACCUGAACGAGAUUUCCAUCCAGAGUUAGGUGUUCCAUUGAUGAAAUGGACAAACUUGAACCCAGAACAGUUUAUAAGUAUGAUUGGAAGUCCAAUUCCAGAUGUUUAUAUAAAUGCUAUUGAAGAAGUUAUGAAAAGAGCUGGAGUGACUACAGCUUACCAAGAAAAGCCAUGUUUAGAUCCUACAGAUCCAAAUUGUCCUUCACUGGCACCAAACAAACAUUCAAAGGAGUUGCCUGACAUUGGUGGUACACUUACGGGUGGUUGCUAUGGUUUUGCCACUAAAUACAUGCAUUGGCAAGAAGAUUUGAUUGUGGGCGGCAUUACCAGAAACAAAACUGGCCAUAUUGUCAGAGCGGAGGCUUUGCAGUCUAUUGUACAGCUUAUGGACGACCAGCAACUCUUUGAUUUCUUCAAGGUCACCAGUAAAACCAUUAGCAUUGACUGGACACCGGACAAGGCUAAGGCUAUCCUGGAAGCAUGGCAGAGGAAAUUCGCACAGGUUGUCAAUGGAAUGGGCAAUUCCACUUCACCAGACCAGAUGUUAGGAUUUUCUACUACCUCACUGAUGGAUAUUAUGAAGGAGUUCUCCAACGUUAGCAUUGUCCGAGUGGUAUUCGGAUACGUCCUCAUGGUGUUUUAUUCCUGUGUUUCCUUACUGCGAUGGAAUAAUGGAGUUCAGUCUCAGAGUGGUAUUGGAGUUGCUGGUGUCCUUCUUGUGGCAUUAUCUGUAGCUGCAGGUCUUGGGAUUUGUUCUGUAUUAGGGAUACCCUUCAAUGCUUCUACUACACAGAUUAUUCCAUUCUUGGCACUUGGACUUGGUGUUGAUGAUAUGUUUCUCAUUGCACAUACAUAUUAUGAAAAUGGCAACAAAAAAACCAUACCCUUUUCAGACCAGACAGCUGAAUGUCUAAAGAGGACUGGUGUAUCAGUACUUCUGACCUCUGUCAACAAUAUGCUGGCUUUCUUCUCUGCUGCCAUCAUCCCCAUUCCUGCUUUAAGGGCAUUCUCACUUCAGGCUGGUAUUUUGAUCCUCUUUAACCUGGGGUCAGUACUCUUGGUAUACCCAGCCAUCUGUAGCUGGGACCUGAAGCGCAAGGAAGACAAGCGAGUGGACAUCUUUUGUUGUAUUCAAAGUUAUGCUGAGAACAACAAUAAUACUGUGAUCGACCUUGCUCCUAGCCGUAAUGAAUUUGAGAUGCGUGAUCAGAGCCCUCCACCCUGCUACAGCCCUCCACCCCCUAGUUACAGUCCCAGUCCUCCACCAAGUUACAACGCAGUGGUCAAUGCAGGUCCAGAUGGCGACCAUAUAGUCACUUCCCUUGCCCCAGAGGGUUUGUUUGUGGCAAGACCAACCCCACUCCCUACAUUGUGCCCAUCCACAACUUCUUCCCGCCAGUGUUUAACCCCUGAUGACAGGGUAAGCUGCAGGGAGCGCUUUGCUCAGGCUCAGAGGGAAUGCCUCAGCUUGAGUCUCACAAGCUUUGCUACACGACGUGUGGGACCUUUUCUGAAGAAGCCUCCUGUCAAGGUUUUCACAGUGUUAUCAUUUGUUAUUGUGCUGAUGGUCAGUAUCUAUGGCAUUACCAAGGUAAAAGACGGCCUUGACCUUACAGACAUUGUUCCCAAGGACACUAAUGAAUACAAGUUUCUGGAUGCACAAUCGGAUUACUUUGGCUUCUAUCAUAUAGAUUUAGUCACAAAGGGUGAUUUUGAUUACCCUAACAACCAACCCUUACUGCUAGAGUACCACAAGUCAUUUCAAAGUGUAGGCAAAAUUAUCAAGCGUGAAGAUGGCUCAUUGCCAAACUUUUGGCUGAUCAUGUUCCGCCAGUGGCUGGAAGAAUUGCAGACAGUCUUUGAUCGUGAGUAUUCAGAGGGUAGAUUGUACCGGGAUGGAUGGUACAACAAUGCUUCAGAUAGUGGGGUACUGGCAUACAAGCUGUUGAUACAGACCGGAGAUGUGGACACACCUUAUGACAAGAAUCUGUUCCCUCACAAUCGUAUGGUAGAAAAUGGGAUCAUUGAUCCUAAGGCUUUUUAUAGUUACCUCACUGCGUGGACAUCCAAUGACCCCAUGGCAUAUACUGCAUCUAUGGCCGACUUUCACCCCCCUACCAAAGAUGAGCCUCAUGACUCCUAUGACUAUGAACUCAAAAUAUCCAAAGCACAACCUUUGAUUUAUGCCCAGAUACCAUUUUAUCUAACCAACCUGUCCGACACCGAGGACAUCCUGCAUACAAUCAAGGCUAUCCGUGCCAUUUGUGAUUCGUUCACAGAACGAGGCUUACCAAACUAUCCAAGUGGGGUGCCAUUCACUUUCUGGGAGCAGUACAUCAACCUGCGAUUCUACCUGAUGUUAUCCAUCCUCUGUAUCUUAGUUGUUACCUUUAUUGUAAUGACUAUUGUCCUCAUGAAUCCCUGGCUGGCCAGUAUUGUGGUUGUUGUUUUGACCAUGAUUGUGGUAGAGCUGUUUGGAAUGAUGGGGCUGACUGGCAUUAAGCUGAGUGCUGUACCUGCGGUCAUCCUCAUCGUCAGUGUUGGCAUUGGAGUGGAAUUUACUGUUCACGUGGCAGUGGGCUUCCUUACAGCUAUUGGAUCACGUAACAGACGUACAGUAAUAUCCCUUCAGCACACCUUCGCUCCAGUCAUCCAUGGUGCCAUCUCGACAUUGCUGGGAAUUGUUAUGCUGUUAAGCGCAGAAUUUGAAUUCAUUGUGAAAUAUUUCUUCAAUGUACUGGCAGCCUUGGUUGUGAUUGGUCUUUUGAAUGGCUUGGUGUUAUUGCCUGUGCUUCUGUCCCUUUUUGGACCAAAAGGAGAGGUCAGACCAAAGGGAGAACACCCUGAUAGACUUGAAACACCAUCACCAGAACCAUCACCAAAACUUAAGAAAAAGGUGCCUGUGCGUGCAACAAGAAGCAGCCGGAGGUUAUAUCCUAGAGUUGCAUCUGACAACUCCUUGACGACAAUCACAGAAGAACCAUCACAAUAUUCCUCUCAUGAAAUCAUUGUUGAACCAGAGGUUGUCGUGGAAACCACCCAAGUUCCUGUGGGUGUGAACUGUGACAGCAGCAACAACAGUAGUAGAAAUAGUACACCACCAGGGUCAACUGCCUCCACACCACUGGCAUCCCACGUUACAAGGGUAAAAGCUACAGCUACUGUCAAGGUGGAGGUCCAUACGCCUGUUAUACCUGGAGGUACGGUUGAAAUGUCAGUGUCUAAUCAAAACCGAAAAAGCAAAAGACGGAAAUUAAAAGAACUAGAAAAUUCAGAUUCAGAUUCCAGUAGUAGAUCCUAGCAGAAGAUGUAAUUCUGUUUGGAGGAUUGGAAGGUGCUAAGGUCCUGAGUUAUAUAGACAGUUACCAGGCAUCGUAUGGGGAUGUGAUGUAAAUGUCCUUUCUUCAAUGCUGUGCCACAUUUCUCAGUAUUCUCUCAAACAUGGUUGUGUGUUUUCCAUUACCUGGAAGACUGUACCACUAAGUGCUAAACUGUGAUGUUGGAGGUUACUUGAUGGGUGGAUGUGCCGUCUAGGAUCCCUAUAGCUGUGUCCCCGGCGUGGCACAUCCAUCCUUCAGGGAAAUCGCAGAGUGACUGGACACUCCUAUUUCUGUUCAUACUUAUUUACUUAUUAAUAUAAAGGCAGCUGAACUUCAAUGCUAGAGGACAGCUGUGUAUGCUAAUGGCCAGUGUUAUCCUUCAGAUUAAUGCUAAAUAAAUCUCAGGUGUGUGAAACAAAACUUUGUUAGCAGGUGUGCAGCAUGCAAGCUCAACUCAUCAACUUUUAUGUUGUUACGUGUUCAAAAAACGACAUCUUGGAGAUAACUAGGCAAGUUGUGUUGCUUACGACAAAAACAUUUACGACUUGGAUUCAAUUAGUUAUUUCUAAAACAUAUGGAUGGAAACAGAGCCUGUUGUGUCAAGCACAGACUUCACCUAACCCCAAGAGUGGACUGUAUAUGUAUUAAACGGGUGUCAAUUGCCAAGCUUAAUAGGCUUGUGGUUGCUUUUUCAAGGAAGGAUGAAUUAUAGUGAAAACAACUCCCAUAUUGCAAAGGAAAAAAGAGUCAUGCUCUUUUUUUAUUUAAUGUGUGAAGUAAGAUAAAGACUUGAAGCUUUUUAUUCAGACAUGAGAUGACAUAUGACAUCAGAUGAUUUCUGCACUUGUCAUGUGGUCUGUCUUGUUUCUGCUUACUACGGGUACUGUAUGAUAAAAUUUAUUAUGUGUUGAUUUGUCCUUAAGCAAAUUUCAUUUAUAAUGUUAUGAAUCCUGUUGAUGUCAGGGGAGCUACUAUAUAAUAUUAAGAUAUAAAAUGGGCCAGAUUGUUGAAAGAUUUUU